GAUUGAGAUCGACCUAACGCUGAAGCCUGGCGUACACACACACACACAUAUACGUACAAAACGUAGUAGUAGUACAUAUACUUGCAAAAUGGAAACUGACAGCAGCAGCAGCUAUACGCUGCUCCGCAGUGUGUACAUACAGACGGAAAGCUAAAACGCACGGCGGAGGGGGCCGAGUUUCUACUCUUUCUCUCUGUCUCUCUCUCCUGGCUGCACAGCCCAUUGUUGACACUAGUCCUUCGCGGGCGGCCAAUGUAGUCGGCUCGACUCGCUCGUACUCUCUCCCGCAGCAGCUCCUUUUUUUUCGACGCUCUUCUCUUUUUUUUAUCAAUUUUUUUUGCGCUCCCGCAUACAUCUCGCUGCUGAAGCUCGGUGCACGCCGCCGACAAGUUUUUAAAUUUUCCAGUGCGAUCGUCACGUUGCAGGGGCUGCGAGAAUAUAAAUUGCACCCCAGUACACAGAAGAUCGAGUGAAAUUACGACGACGGCGGCGGCAAGCAGAGCACGGAGCAGCCCGCAAGUUUGAAAAUUUUCGGGGGCAAACGCACGCUUCGCGUCGUGCGAGUGGCGUGCAGUGCACUGCAGUGUAUAUAAUAUAGAAACAAACGAACGUAUACGCAAGUGUUUAUCUCUCGGCAUUCGCGUAGUGUUGUUGUUAUUGUUGUGUUGCGCGGCCAAAGUAUACAUAAAAGAUAUAUAUUGUGCAUUUACACACGUACUCUCUUUUUACUAUACACGAUACGCUGCUUCUCUCUCUUUCUCGUACACAAUACAAUGUAUAGCUUUCGCGUCAGCUAAACUACACUCCAAGUGCAACAGCAGCAGCAGCAGCAUCAUAUACCUUAUACAUGUAUAGGAAAGCAUCUACGUGAUACGCGUGUGUGGGUUAGUUCUGUGCCUGUCUGUGUUGUGUGUGUCUAUAUUGUGCUAAAAGGAGAAAGAGAGACGCGAUGCAGCCGCGCUCCAUAUUGAUCCUCGGCCAGCUUCGAUGAUGUCGAUGAUGCUCCUCGAUUCGAGAUAACGACAAUAACAACAGACUGGCACGCUCUUGGCCUUUUUUCCUCGUUUUGCCCUUUAUUUUUCUUCUCCUUGUUCUUUUGUUAUGACAACAUGUGGUUGCAGCCACGAAGCUGACUGUGCACCAACGCAAGAGGGCCAAAAGGGAAAAAUAAAUAAAAAAUACAGCAAUCAAUCGAGAAGGUAAAUCCCGAGUAAUCGUAGCAGAAUAACAUACGUACGUGAGUACAUACGCGCAAGAAGGCAACAACGAGCGCAGAUCGCAAGGCUACAGCAAGAGCCAAAGCAAGCAAAAAAGGCAUAAAAAAGAGGAGAAAAAGAAAGAAACAAAAAGGCAUCUUUUCGCAGCUCACGCAUCGUUGUCGCGCCCGAGUGCAGCAGAUAGAUUAGCUCAGCGCAGCGCAGAAACUCUGCAGGAGAGGUGCCCAGGGAUCUCUGUCUUUCUCUCUCUCUCGCUGCUACAGCACGUGUGCACGCGUAUUUAUGCUGCCUGUAUAAAAGUGUGCGUUGUGAGCAGCUACUAAAGUUGCCACAUAAGUUCUAAGAUCUCGGCAUGAGGAUUGCGAGAACGGAUCGAAUUUGGCGUGAAAGGGCGGCCUUUAAGGAGGAGAAGAAGGAGAAGGAGGCCUAUGACAGUUGCGGCAGUAGUAUAAGCAGCAGCAUCUUUGACAAGUUAGCUCCGUCGAGUCAGUGGGAGGUAGCACUAUUAUGGAAGCAGCAACAACGGCGGCAGCAGCCCCCGAGCAUAGACACCAUCAUCAGAUUCACCAACAGCUUCGCCGACACCGAAUCGUCAUUGGACUGCAACAGCAGCAGCAGCAGCAACAGCAACAGCAACAACAACAACUGCGCGAUGGGAAGAGCACAGCGGCAAUCUCAACCGAACGGAGUAGUAGUCGUGCACCAGCGUCGUCGUCAACUGCAGCAGCACCGGUUCUGCCCAAUCUCGAUGUCGUGAGAGCCUUGCACCAGACGGUGAUAUCGUUGCGCUCGGCACUAGAUACGUCGCGCGAGGAGCUGCGACGCCUCAAGAAGCUACAGGUCGAAGAUCCCUCGGCCGCGGCUUCGUCGAUAAUCAACGACAGCAGCAGGGGCGGCAAAAGCAACGUCUACGGCGAGACCGUCGAGCGUUUGGCUCUCGAGAAUCACGUGCUCAGGAGACGACUGUUGAACAGAAGCAGCGAAUUCAGCAGCGAUGCCGCUACCUCGCCCCGCAAUCCUGACGCAGCACCAGCAGCUACAGCAACUGCAACGGCAACGGUCCAGGUUGCUCUUUUAGCUCCCAAAAAAGUCGAAUUCGAUAUCAAAAUGGAGCCUACGGAAGAGGCCGCCGUAACGGAGCAAAAAUCCGAACUGACGGAUACGGCGUCAUCGCAAGAGCCUCAAUCGUCCACGCUGAACGAAUCCCAAGACAAAGAGGAGACCAGCGAAAAUACGUCGAUGGACAAAAAUGACGAAGAGUCGGAAGCAGCGGAGUCGGCAGCUGCGUCCAGCGGCAAUAAACUCGCCAGCCAGGGAGCGUCCAACGAGUCGGAGAACGAGUCCGAGGAGCUCGACGACAUAGAGCUCAUAUUCACGACCGAGGAAACGUGUCCCGAGGUCGGCCGAGAGGAUCUCGUGCCCAUCGGCGACGCCGAAACUUGGCAGCAACAGCAGCAGUUGCCAAUUACCCCGUGCUCGAACGAGCCCCACAAAUCAGUGCUGAAAAUCUGCCAGGCCAAGUCAGCCGACAGCGGCGAGCCUAGCUGCACCUUCAACCCCAAUUGCAACGGCUCCAAUGCCACAUCCACGACGAUAACAACGGCGACGACGACGACUGCAGCGGCGUCGGGAGCGACGUCAUCGUCGGCUACUCAAGCCCCAGCCACCGCGGAAAAAUCGAGUUCUAUGGACGACGCGGCUGGCUCGUCUCAGAGCAGUAGCAUCGAUCACGAGGAGAGCAUCGAUCGCUUCGACGAGAGCUCCAGUUCGAGGCUCAACAAGAUGUGGUCCCAGUGCUCGGUCCUGGUCGAGACCGACAUCAGCAAAUGCGGCGUCCUCGAAGAGGUCGACUUGCAAACGAGAAACGCCGCCAGGAGAAAUACUCUCGCCGCACCCCCGACGGCUUACAGGCCAAUAAUUCAUCGAGAAGCACUGGCGGCUGGUCGUCGAAAAAGUGCUACACCCCUGCGACCGGUAUUAGAUCACACGAGCGCAGGCAGCAGCGGCAGCCCGGUCGUCGGUGGCAGCGCGGCGAGCGGCGGUGCUCGCCGAGAAUCCGGAGCCCAAACCGACAUCUCGGCCCUGCCGGCCCAGUGGAGGUCCGAGAGUUAUCUGGCCCACAAGGUGGCCCACACGUUCACCACGCUGCCGAGCAAGUUCGCCUUGCCGGCCGGUGUAGCGGGCCGUCUGCGGCUCUCCGACAAGACCAGGGAGGCCCGAAGGGUCAUGCUGAGCGACAUCAGCUUCACGAGCAUGGUGCCGGAGCUGUCGCGCAGCGCCGACCACUUGUGCCAGGAGGCGGCGGUCGCCGCGGUGCUACAGCAGUACCCCGGUGCUCAGUGCUACGGGUCGCGCGCCAGCGGUUUGCGGACGCCCGAGGCCAAUCGGCGCGAGUCCUGGGCCCGGGGCGCUGGAUUGCCGAGCCCUUGCGAGUGCCGCUUGUCCGUGGACGUGGCUCGCUACCGGGGCAGUCUCAGCUCGAUACACUCGAGCGCGAGCGUGGGAGGCGUCGGUAGCGCUGCUGGCGGCGGCGGCGACUCGCGUCGUCACUCUUGGCGGCCCAAUGCCGCCGCUUCCUUCGAGGGAUACUGCAGAGUGCCCUCGGUCACGCUGGCGCCGAGCGCUUCGUCCCAUCAUUGCUGCGGCGUCGGCGCCACGACUGCCGUCACUGGGCCUACCGGUGCUACUUUGCUCUCGACGAGAACGACCUGGUCGUCGAUGCCGUCGUCGCCGACGCACGUCCAGCCGCCUUCGGCUGCAGUUAUCGCUAGACUGCAUGCUGGACCCAAACGCUCCAGGUCUAAAGUUACUUUUCAAGAAUGUCCCAUACUGAUACGAGGCAGCCUGCCGAAUCUGCGCUCGGAACAGCUACUGGGCGAGACGAGCGGUGACUCGACCGAAUCGCUGAUAGACGAGGCCGAGGAAUACUUGAGGCGCAGUAUCGAUUCCAUGCUGACGUUAUCGACAACGGAAAAAUGCCGCCAUGGCAGCAGCGGCAGCAGCGGGGGACGACACUCGACGCGCAGGAGACGCGUCAGGCGGCAUUCCGAGCCCGAUUUACUCCGUGACUGGAAUCCACCUCAAGACGCUAGACCUUAUUUGCCAAAGAUACCGAUAGAUCUCAAACUGGACCAUCUGGUAAAAGUGAUAUCACCAGACGGCAGGAUACUGCAAGGUCGCGUCCGCUACGUCGGACCGGUCGCAGGACGCGACGAGGUGCACGUCGGCGUACAGUUGCCGACGGAAACUGGCAAUUCCGACGGUACCUUUCACGGAAGGCGCUACUUUGAUUGCGAAGCGGAGCGAGCAAUCUUCGUGCCGUUUAAGAAAGUCGUCUUGGCCUGGUGCACCACUUGACCCGAAGCUCCAGGCGCUGCUCAGUGCGGCGCCACCGCCACCGCUUCACGCCAUAACGACGACGCCAGUAUACCCGUGGCUCAGAAC